ACGGCUAGCACCUCACCUCGUCGCGCCGAAACUGCGAGUUGUAGCAGGAGAGAACGCCGCAGAAAGUGAAACUCUUGCAGGCUUAGCUGAUGGGACUCCGUUCCUGCCCGGCAUUACCCUCAUUCCGAAGCGUUGCCGCAUCCCUCGCAUCUCGGCCGUACCUCGCAUCCUCGUUCGCACUGCUGUACCUAGCGUCGUGUGCCAACGCACCGCCGAUCCACGCGACUGCCCUCGUAGACUUCCACCCUAACCGGCAGUCGGGAGAAACUGCUAAGAGUAUUUGUCAGCGCAGGAGCUUAAAAGCCAUGCCGUCGUAUUUCAUUACGAUGGGCGGCACGUUGUGUACCCGUGUAACGUCGUUACCAUCAACGGACGUGAUCAAGCCUCACCAUCUCACUAAUGUCUCGUCCAACGGCAGCAACCCGCAGCCGCCAUUACCGCCUUUUGGCCCCUCUCGAAUGCCCACUUCUGGUUCCUCUCGCCUUAGCUUAAAUCCAUCUUCCUGGCAACGAUCGGUCAGCAGCAUCAGCCGGCAAAACUACCCAGCGAAUGUAGCUAAGAAGUUACCACGGAUUCCCAGAGCAUGCAGCGGAGAAGGGCAAGAGGGUAGCGGACAAAAAGCUGGUGCAACUUCAGUCUCUUCCGAUUCUGAGUCUUUGCCGCCCAACCCUUCACCUUCCAGCACCUCACCAUUGGACACGUCACCAUCUGAUCCCUUGUCCGUGUGCGUCAUGCGUACUGCCAUCCUGACAUGCCCUGGACACGUGGCUGACGCAUUAAUGGACGCUCUCUUAUCGCUAGGAGCCAGUACGUGCUCAAUAGAGGAUGCCAAUACGGGCACAGAGGCCGAACAGGAGAUCUAUUCGUCCGGCCCCAUUCCCUGGGACCCAAGUGGCCCCCGCAGCCUCUGGAACCAGACUCGACUCAGGGCGUUCUUUCCAGCCAAUCAGAGCGAGGGGGACAUCCGCAGCACUGUUGCGCGGGCGGCAGCUGCAGUGCAGUGGGGGGGGGAAGGGUGGGGGGAGGAGGCAGAUGGGGAGGCAGGAGGAGAAGAGGAGGGGGGGGGGGAGGAGAAGAGGUGGUGUCACUCCUGGGAGUGGAGGAGGUGGUGGAGAGGGACUGGGUGCAGCAAGUGCAGGACUCGUUUCAUCCCAUACGCGUGGACGAGGGGCUUUGGAUCGUGCCCUCGUGGGCCACACUGCCGGAUGAGCCUAUACAAAACAAUUCACUGGCGAUUACUCUUGAGCCUGGUCUCGCCUUCGGUACAGGGGACCACCCCACCACCCGCCUCUGCUUGCGCUGGCUGCGGUCGGUCGUGACACCUGGCAGCACGCUAUUGGACUACGGCACGGGGUCUGGCAUCCUUGCGAUUGCAGGAAUCAAGGUACUGCAUUCUUCCCAUGUCUUGCACGUCAGUCUUGUUGGGGUCACUUCUAAGUCGACUCAAAAGUCGUCAGACUCAGAACGCGGACGUAACAGUGUGAUGUACUGCGUUCCCAUUCCAUGUACAUCAGACUUUCAUCGUACCCAGAAAAACCAUUCUCUUGGACCUGAAUUAUCUGUCUUUUGAUGUCAAUUUCUCUACCACUUACCUAACAACCUCUCCUUCCACUCCCCCUCUAUCUCUAGCUUCCUCUUCCCCACCCUCCCCUUCCCUUCCUUCCGAUCUCAUAUCCCUUACAAAUCACCCCAGUUGGGAGCAGCAGCAGCUGUGGGCGUGGACAUAGACGAGCUGUCAGUGGCAGCAGCAGCGCACAAUGCCUCCCUCAACAGCAUCCCCCCUUCGCAAUUCACCGUCCUUCUCACACAUCCGGAUGGCCCAGACCCCCUAAACGAGUUUGACAAUAGUGAAGCAAGAGAGACCAAUGCUACUGAAUCUAAGCUCGCUGACGGUGUAACGGUGCCAGCCCUGCCCGCUGAGCUGACGGCAUUUGAUUCAUCGGCACCACUUGUGCAGUUUGAUGUCGUGGCUGCCAACAUUCUCGUGAACCCUCUUAUCCUAUUGGCUGAGCGGAUUUCGUCCCGAACCAAGCCUGGGGGUAGGCUUGGGCUGUCAGGCAUCUUGACCAAUCAGGUGGACUCAGUAGUUACAGCAUAUGUUCCUUAUGCAACAGUGAUUUCUGUUGAAGAGGAGGAUGGGUGGGCUCUCGUUUACUUGCAAAGAAACCAUUGAUUUUUCAAGAUUCAUUUGCUCUCUGAAAGUGCUCCUAAGUGGCCAUGCUGCACAAAUGUAUUCUCUGGUUUUG